AUAAGCUAAGCACUUGUCUUGUAAAGUUGUAACUUGAAGUCACUCAUUUUACUAUUCUUUAAUCUUUGUUCAUUACUUAUAUAUUAACCAGUGGCCAGUGCCUAGUACUCAAUUAAUUAGUCAGUAGUCAAUACUCAAUACUAGUCAGUUGGUGAAUAAUCACUAAAUCAUAAAUCAUCAGUAUAGUAUUCAUUGCUUUUUUCGUUUUUCUAUAUUUUUUUAUACCAAUAUGGUAUUUUAGAUUUAUACUAUAUUACCAUAUUGAGUAUGAUUAACUAACCAGUUUCUCAUUGAUUAGUACAAAUUGUUAAUACAUAUUACACAUAUCUUGUUGGUGUUUACUAAUGUAGGUUACGAGAAUAUUUUGAAUUUAGUCGUUUGACAUGCUUCAGUCUCUCAAUAAGAUCACUGAAUAAAAAUACAACAUUUGGUGAUACGUAUGCAUGUCCACAUUCACACAAUGGAUACCAAGUAUAAAGAACUGCAUAGAGAAGCCAUAUCCAACCAAACAGGUUCAUCAUUACUUGAAACUUACACAUCUCUGUUUCCAUUGCCAAUUCACAUAAUCAUAUUUAUUUGGAUGUCAACUGGUACAAACCACAGCAAAAAAAUCAACUCCCCGACAGUUUGGAUGUUUCUUUUUGAAUUUAUUACAAUGGUUCUACCAACAGUGUUUAAUUUGACGUUGUUUUCAGAUUAUUCAGUUGGACAAUUCUUAGUUUACAUUUCAAUCUUUAGUAUUGCAUUUAUCUGGAUGUUAUUAAACAACAAUUAUAUAUCAUCGAGUACUAUUAAAACAAAAAAAAAUCCUUACAUGACUGUCUAUAGAUUUAUGCUUAAUACAUAUACGGUAUUUUGUAUAUUAGCAGUAGAUUUCAAUGUGUUUCCACGGAGGUUUGCUAAAACUGAAACGUAUGGUCACAGUAUAAUGGAUAUAGGUGUAGGGUGUUAUGUUUGUUCUAAUGCAUUAUUGUUUAGUAUUCCUAACACACAAAAUAUGAGUAAAAUUGUACUCAAAGUUUUCAAACAAGUCUUACCAUUACUUGUGUUGGGAAUUGGCCGUACAUAUUUUGUAACAAAAGCAGAAUAUCAUCACUAUGUAUUUGAGUAUGGUGUACAUUGGAAUUUUUUCAUGACCUUAGCAUUCUUAAAAAUAAUUAAUCUUUUUAUGUUACCAUUUGUUAGUACUUGUUGUCUAUCUGGCAUUGCAACAAUUCUGGUAUUUAUUUAUGAGUUUGCUUUAAAUUUUGGUCUUGCAGAUUGGAUUAUGAGUGAUGCUCCUAGAGACACAAUGUUCUCAGCAAACCGUGAAGGCAUUUUCUCAUUAAUAGGCUAUGAAGCAAUAUUUUUAUAUUCCUUGUCGAUGAAAUCGCGGUUUUCUAUUUUUAUGAACAAAAAUCAUUUGAUAAACAGUAUGUUCCUCCUAAUAGUAACAGCUUCUUUAUCCAUUGCAUUAUUUUUAUUGACAUUUGUCAUUAGUUUUGUUUUUGGUGUUUCUAGAAGAUUAGCUAAUGCCGGUUAUGUUUACUGGAUAUUAUCUAUAUCUUCAUAUCUAUUAUUCAUGUCACUUAUAAUUGAAAACUUCAUAACCAUUCUUUUACAUAAGAUGGGACAAUUGGGUGAAUUCAAUAGAGUUUCACUGAUUAUAGAUAGUAUAAAUGAUAAUUUAUUAUUAUUCUUUUUAUUUGCCAAUGUUACAACUGGAGUUAUAAAUAUGUGUUUGUAUACUUUAGUAAUGAAUGCUGUCUAUAGUUUAACUAUUCUGUCUCUUUAUAUGUUUGUUAUUUACUUUACAAUUUAUAUUUUACAGAACUAUAAAAAAAAAAUUGUUUAAUUGUUUAAUGUUUAUAUCAUGGAAAAUUAUGUACAAGUUAUCUGAAUAAAUUAAAAAUAAAAAUGUUUAAAAAAUAAAUAUCAUUUUUUUACAGUCAUACUACUGAUACAAUCAUCAGAUCAAAGUAAGGAUUUAUAAAAUAUUCCCAUAAACAAUAUAUUUUCAAACUUCAAAGAACAAAUCAAAUGAUGCAAUGGUUAAUACAAAAUAAGAUAAAAGAUUAAAAAUAUAAAAAUUAUACACUAAUGAUAAAUUAUUUACAACUUGUGGAUACAUUGGUGUUAAGACAUAACAAUGAUUUUUCACCAAAAUGUUGAUAAAGAUUAAGGACUUAAUAUAGGUUUAACAGACAUAAAUGGUAGAGGUAUUCAUGAUAAAAAUGUUUACAUUGAAAUUUGAAUAAAAUAUUGGUGAAAAUUGAUACAUUAAUUAUUAGUAAUCUAAA